AGCGUGAGGGGCACUUGCUUCGGUUAGAACGGCCAGCGUGAGAGAAAUCGGGAACCAAGUGGGAAAAUUUUCCCGACCGGUGGCAGUAGGGCAAAGGACGUACCAGUUUGACCUUGUUUGGUUGGUUUUCGCUUUGGGUGAAAAUAAGGGAAAUUUCCCUCGUGGGUUGUGUGAUAAGAACUUCCCGAUUUUGGUAGAUGUUUUUGUCAAUAAAAUCAGAGCUCUGAGGUGAUGUAAAGUGAACAUGCUAAUUUAUUGUUGUUGUGAUCACAUGGGCCCAAGCUGAAAAACGUACGGCGUUUAAAGAGCGUUCUAAACACAGCCUCAAGUGAAUCAGCUGAAUGCGAGCUAAUUUAAUUAGUGAUUCUUUGUGAUGGGUUUGGGAAGGUGUUUGCUGUUAAAUGUUGUUAAAGUGUUGCAGUGAAUAUUUUAGGUAAACAGGCUUUUAUAGCCUCUUCCUCUUCGUGCGGAUGACCAUCAAACGAACCGCUCGGCUUUAAUUUACUUCUCCCCGAGAUAGUGCACCUUCCAGCAAGUAAAUACUCAACCUAUUUGUCACCGAUAAAAGCCAACAGGAUGUCGAUGAUAAAAUGCUGCUUCGAGCCACUGGAAAUGCCCGAGUUUCUGGAUUCAUUCGUGAAAAAGUGCACCGAAGGAUGUUGCUGCGGUUGCUGUUCGGCCUUGCGGCCCCGCUACAAACGGCUGGUGGAUAACAUCUUCCCAGCCAAUCCGGAAGAUGGGUUGGUGAAAUCGAACAUGGAGAAGCUCACCUUCUACUCGCUCCGGUCGCCGGAGAAGCUUGACCGCAUCGGCGAGUAUCUGUACCAGCGUGCCUCGAAGGACAUCUACCGGAAGCGGUACAAGUUUGUCGAGAUAGCGAUGGAAGCGAUGGAUUUGCUGCUGAUGGCAUGUCACGCCCAGAUACUGAACCUGUUCGUCGAAUCCUUCCUGCGCAUGGUGCAGAAGCUGCUGGAGGACACAAAUCCAACGCUCCAGAUAAUGGCCACCAAUUCGUUCGUGCGGUUCGCUAACAUUGAGGAGGACACACCGUCCUACCAUCGGCGGUACGACUUUUUCAUCUCAAAGUUUUCCUCCAUGUGCUACGGCAACAAUGACGAUAUGGAGCUGCGAGACAGUAUCCGGAUGGCGGGCAUAAAAGGCCUGCAGGGCGUUAUCCGGAAGACAGUGUCGGACGAUCUCGUUGCAAACAUAUGGGAAAAGCAGCACAUGGAAAAGAUUGUCCCUUCGCUGCUGUUUAACAUGCAAUCGGGACCAUCGAAAACGACCGACACGGAAGCGACACCUUCGACACCGCCACUGCUAGCGGAAGCGGUACUGCGCGAGCUCGUCAGUCGGGCCUCGUUUGGACAUAUCAAAUCCGUGCUUAAGCCACUGCUCACGCAUCUCGACCAUCAUAAGCUGUGGGUGCCGAACAAGUUCGCCAUCGAUACGUUCCGCAUUGUGAUGAUUUCGAUCCAACCGCAGUACUCGUACACGGUGGUCGAAACGCUCAUGUCCCACCUGGACCAGAACCUAACUUCGUCACCCAAAACGCGCACCUCGUUGGCGGUGGUCCUAUCGAAGAUUAUCGCCAUUGCGGCCGGUGAGAGUGUGGGCCCAUCGGCGCUCGAUAUUAUCAACAAUCUGCUCAUGCACCUGAAGACGAGCGUUAGCACCCAGCACGAAUCCACUCCGGAGGAGACCCAGUACCAGGAAGCGCUAAUCAAUGCGCUCGGCGAGUUCGCUAAUCAUCACCCAGACUAUCAGAAGAUUGAAAUAAUGCUGUUCAUCAUGAAUACCGUGCCCGACCCGUCGAACAAGAGCCGGGGCGAUCAGUUGCUGCAGAACAUUCUGCUGAAAAGUUUGCUAAAGGUCGGCACCCAGUACCGGACGGUUUCGUUCGAGAAAGCAUUCCCGGUAUCGUUCCUGCAGCCGCUGCUCAAGAUGGCACGGGCCGCUUCCAUCCCGAUCCGCAUCAUCGUGAUGCAAAUCUUCCAGCAGCUGCUCGAUCGGCACCAGAACCAGCAUCUGCUGAACGUGAUCAGCGUGAGCCACUAUCCGACACUUACGAUCGAAAGUCCGUCCCGGUCGGACAUACUGUUUACGCACAAGUACGGGUCGAACAUACUGCAGGCGAUUAUCGAGAGCAUGUCGCAGGAGAACCAUCUGGAGGUGCUCAAAUCGUCGUACAACACGAUCGCGCUGGUGGUCGUGGAAAUGGCGUGCGGUGAAACGGUGCAGGAGAUUUUGCUGUUCAUACUGGGCGUACAGCAAGUGGCCGUAACCGAGGUGGAACUAUCGCCAAAACAUCGUUGCAAUCUGCACAGCAUUGCCAUUUCACUGCUAAUCCUGCUCGGACGCUGUACCGGCGUCGGUUCGCUGGUCGAGUACGUCGAAAAGUUGAUCCAGGCCCGGAGAGAGGAAGCAUCCUACCUGCUACCACCGCUGAUGGACAACGACAAGAGUGCACCGAGCACGCUCAACACCAAUCUGCCCCAUCUGCUCAUCGACAAGCUGGCGGUGGCCGAGUGCUUACAGCAGGCGGGUCUGGAGAGUAACCGUGUUCAGACGGGCACACCGUACGCCCUCAACCAGACGGACAUAUCCGCUCAUCGGCAUUCCUGGGUCGAUACGCACAGCGCCGUCCGGAACAGUGUGGUCGAUUCGAGCUACAACGAUAUCGAAAGCGUCAGCAGCUCGCCCGGCGUGCAGAAGCGUUCGCUCGCCUCGGAAUACAACUUCGAGUCGAUGAAGCGUGUCCUGGCGGAACCGACGGAAGCUUCCAAGCGGGAGGCACGCGAAAAGCAGAUGGCAAUCGGGCGUGCCUUCCGCGAGACGGCGUUCGAAGAUUUGGUGCGCCGUACCGAGCCCAAGCACGACGUCAUCCAGCACAAGCUGAACGAAAUCUUUAACGCCCUGUCGGCGGAACGACAAAUCUCGGCCACGUGCAGCGUACAGGCCGGGUCGCUGCUUGCCGCUGCCAACGGUGGCCUCAGCGGACCGACCCUGAUCGAGGCGGGCAGGCACGUGGGUGCCGGUCAGCGGCCAAUCUACGAAAACAACUUCCCGGAACUGUUCUUCUACUAGGCGAUGGGUUUUAAUCGGCCAUACCGGGCAGAGGGAAGAGAGUGUUUAGUGGUAAUGGGAUGUUAGAAUUUUGAAUUCCUCGGGUUUGGUUUUGUUUCCCGUUUGGUUUUGUAUUUAUUUUUCGACGCUGGUAAUUGCUAAAGUGAUUGUAUUUGCACAUGAGUAUCGCAACAAAAUAAAUGGCUGUCUUUAAUUCUAAAAAACAAAAAAAA